AUGAAAAAAACCCCAAUGCAUUCGAGAAGAGACCAUCAGUCCGGCAAUCUGGACUUUGACGCCCGUGUCCCCAUCCCCUUCAGUGUCUUCCCGUCGUCGUACCGGAGUGACGCUGUCUCUGAAACUACUCAGACGCGAGUAGAGGGAGAAGUCAAUUUCGAUCGUACUUCGCGCGUCGAACGGGAAGAUACUCGAGGUUCUGCUCCCCUUCCCGCUCCUCAAGGAAAGGAAGAAGUUGAAUUCCGCAUUCAAGAACAGCGCCCGCGCAUUCAAGAAGAGCACCCUCAACACCAGCAGUACCACGAGCCCCAGCAUCAGCAGGAGUCUCAGUACAAGCACUCCCAGCGAUCCUACGAGCAGAACUACGCCCCCGAGGUUGAACUCACUCGUGAACGUCAACCUUACCCUCAACCUUCCAUCAACUACGAGGACAACACUCAAGUCUACGAUAAGGUCGUCGAUACUCAACUCGAUAUCACUGAGAGAGACUACCGUCACAAGACUUCCCCUGCUUACGACCUCGACGUCUCUUACGACCGUCGUUAUCGUCAACCCGUAGACUCUGCCUACGGUUACCAGCCCCAAUCUUCCGAAGUCUCGUACGACCGGACUUCCCAAGCCCCCACCGACUCUUACAGAGCCGACGACGCGUACCUUCGUGAGAUCCAAUCACCUCGUACUCGUUACGCCCCUUCCCAAGUAAAGUCCACCAAGUCUACUACUGUCCGUGAAACCGCUCCUUCUCGCAAGAUGGGUUACUACGACGACGACGGUGAAUACCACUCCUUCCGCCGCGGCGUUGGCCGGGCUGUUGACCGUGUUGCCCACCCCUUCUCUCACUCCUCCCACCACGGCGACGACGCCGAGGAGGCCGCACCGGCCGCCAACGUCCGCGUCGUGGAGCCUCGCAACCGCGGCUCUGCUGGCGAGACCGUCCCCAUCCCCUGCCACUUCAUCCGCAUCGGCGACAUCCUGAUCCUGCAGGGCCGCCCCUGCCAGGUGAUCCGCAUCUCGGUCUCCCCCCAGACUGGCCAGCACCGCUACCUCGGUGUCGACCUCUUCACCCGCAAGCUGCAGGAAGAGUCCAGCUUCGUCGCCAACCCCUCUCCCUCCGUCGUGGUGCAGACCAUGCUCGGCCCCGUCUUCAAGACCUACCGCAUCCUCGACAUCCGCGAUGACAACCGUCUCGUCGCCAUGACCGAGACCGGAGACGUCAAGCAGGGUCUCCCUGUUAUCUCGCAGGGUCACCUCCACAAGCGCAUCUCCGAGGCCUUCUCUGAUGGCCGUGGCUCCGUCCGCGCCCUUGUUAUCAACGACGGUGGCCGUGAGCUCGUCGUCGACUACAAGGUCAUCCACGGCUCCCGUCUGUAA